AUGCCUCGUUCCCAGACUCGAAGAGAGGAUGCCGCCCAACAGAUCAAGGACCAUGACAACUUGAGUGGGCAGAUCUCUAAAGUGCUUGGACAGACCUCCCAUCGAAUCAAGGAGCCUUCAAUGAAGAAUUACAGACAUAUCAACCGCGAUUGCCUUUUGAUGAUGGGAGUCACAUAUCUUACAGGCUUUGGUUGGAUGUAUGUCAUGAAGAAGCGCUUUGAGAUUCGCAAGCGCUAUGGCAUCAAAGGUACCGAUGCGAGAGACUGCUGCGCAUCCUACUGGUGUCUUUCAUCUGCUUUGGUUCAGCAUGAGAGAGAAGUCCUUACCCGGCAGGCUGGCAGGAGUGAUCCCAUCACUGAGGGUUAUCAGACUCAACCAGCCAUGGAAUUGCCUUCUAGAUAUACGCAGCCGACUACAUAG